AGACGAUCACCCAUCUUACUCUAACGCCACACUACACGGCGAACAGCUGGCAUGUGUUCCGGCAGGUCAAAUAAAAGGAGCAAAAAUAACAAAGAAAUCCGAGCGAAGUAACGGUAAUUUGCCAGUGUCCUAAGUGCCAAAGACGGUUAGCAACGCGAGAAAAAUGGACGGUGAAAUUGAUGAAAUCUCGCGCGAGUUCGCGACCUUUGAGGACAUGCUUGCGGAGGAGGACCGACUCGUGCGCGAAUUGGAGAAACGGGCGCGGUAUACGAAAUAUGUAGACGCGUGUGCAAGACGCAUUAAAUUAAUGCGGGACUUAUUGAAACGCGUGCCGGUCUUACAAUUAGAUAAACAACAACAAUUAACAGCCGAGGAGGAUGACAGCUACCGUACCCGUCGGAUACUGGACAUUGAGCACAAUUACGCCAAGUACGUGACGCACAGGGUGUGCGUAGACGACAAUUUUGUUAUACGUGACGCGAGCGAAAAGGAGGCGUGCGAGGUGAACGUUUUAAUAACCGUGGAGGACAAAUUGCCGGAGACCGAUUUACGUAAACGCGCGUACCGCGUAUCGUAUGAUUUUGUCGACAAUAAGGUAACGCGUGCGACAAAAAUGCUCGACGAGCGUGACGAGCGGACGAUGAUUCAAACUGCAGAAAUAGAUCCAGAAGAGCCAAGCACGUCAAAUAUUAUAGUGGCUAAACAGUCGGCUGAAAAACCCGUGGAAAAUGAAAUUUUCGAGUCAGAAUCAAAUUCAGCGGAGGAGUACGAGCCCCGGCUAAGUAAGAAGAGACGCAAAUCGCCGGCACCAGUGGAACCAAUAAAGACGAAAAGGCAGUUGGCGGCGCGGCGGCGGUCAAAGGACGCACAGGGGCGAUUCAUCAAGGAGAGAAGCGCAACACCGCAAGAAGGAGCAGCGGAGGAUGGUCCGGCAACAGCCGCAAACCCAAGAGUAUCCGACAAUUUACGUAUGUUAAAUUUCAACCGAGAGUUGAAAAUUCAUUUGGUGAGGUGCGUGCGACCGUCCUCCGUAGAUGGGACGGCUGCUGCCGUAUUGCCGUCAAAAAUAACGAAGCCAAUGUCCAGGAUGACUGAGAUUUCUAAGAGCGACAACUUGGACCUAAGGACCGUGGAAAUACCGAAAGCAAUCUUAGCUGAAAUUCUAGCGAGCCAAAUAUCAUUGCAACCUAUGGAGAUAAAGAAUGAACCAAUUGAAACGCAACAGAGCGCAGAGAUGGAAUAACGAGCACACGAAAUGGAGAACAGUAACGUGACUGGUACGAAAGAAAGAGUGAAUGGUGUGAAAACACUAGGAUUAUUGGUUUAUUUAAUAGAUUAAUGUUUUAAUUUUCAUUUUCUUUUGCAUUUAUGAUCUGAAUAAAUAUAUUGAAGAUGUCAGACUGUUAAAAUACGACUACAAUUCUCAUGUAUUUGGCAAAGAGCAAUUUUAGAUUUGAUGUAAACGAAGAAAUUUCGUAGAUUUUGUUUUAUUUUGUAUUUAGCAUCCUAUUUUUGUUUUUAGAAAAGAGGAAUCUUAUUUUGAAUUAAAUUGUAAUUAUUAUUUUAUUUUGAGUUAUGCGCUGAAAAAUCAUACAAAGAGUUUGAUGAAACUUUCUUGAAAAUGUAAUAAUAUAAAAAUAAAAUAAAAAUAGAAGAAUGAUAAUAAUAUAAAUUUUUUCCUUUCACUUUUCUUAAAAAAGCCAUUCGAGCAAAGUUUAUUUAAAAAAAUUAAUGAAAUGAAAAUUUUUGUUAUCAAUAAUGGUUCACUGAGGACUAUGAAUAAAUUAGAAAAGUUUCGCAAAAAAUAUAAGAAUUUUUAGAAUAGAAUUCGCUUGAACGACGACGAAGUAAGAUUCCGAAGACGAUCUGUAGAUUUACAUGCGAGCCUCGUGCUCUAACGCUCCCUGAAGAAGUAGAGGUAAACUAUAUAGCAACAUUUACUCUUCUGCACCGCAGAUAUACAAUUUGUGAUGCGUGUCCAUGCUACAUACACCUUCUGAGAUGGAUGGGACUUUAUUCUCGAAAAAUUGCGCAUUUGAAAUCAUGACCUCUCUCAGAUUACGAAUAUUUCCGGUGAGUAAUACAGUCUUCGACUGUGUUCCGUAUCAUGUAUAUUGUAUGAUUCUAUUCCAUACUGUAUGUAUGUACAAAAUAUAAUUGUGUAAUUAUAAUAAUAAUAAAGUUAUCUUAGAUAUUUAUGAAGGAAGCCUCAAAGUAUAAA